ACUUUCCAUCGUCCAGAACCAUUCAAGCUCUCGGUAUUUAUUAAUAGAGCAGACUAUUUUGCAAUAAAUGGAUACUUUUCACAUGAGAAAUCAUAUCUGCAAUGUGUAUAUUGCAAAUAUAUUAUUGAAAAUCCUUAUGAAGAAGUGAUACAUGUUCUGUUUUGUAUAUAUAAAAAGAUGAACUAUAAUGGAAAAGAAAAGACGAAUGAUGAAAAAGAAGAUGCUGUGGGAAAACAAGCUGGAUAUUGUACAAUAUGCACUCUGUUGUAGAAGUAAUUCCUAAUCAGAAUCGAGAUAUUAGUGAUUUGUUAGGAAUAAGUGCAUUGUAGUAGUAUCAGGAGAGAAGUAAGUUCUGAAAAAAUCAUGAUCAGAAAAAUAAAGAAUUGUAUCAUACUUACAUGCAAUGAAUGAUGUGCUGUAUUGUCUCUCUCUCUCUCUGCUUACACUCCAACUCUCAGACUAGUUCUUCAUACAUCUUUCCUCCUCAAAGACUGGAGUGAUUAUGCAGUAGUGCACACUCAAACUCUGUGAAAUCAACGAACAAAAUGAAAAUCACAAUAAUAUUGAGAAGAGAUUUAACAAGUCAACAUGUGAUGUUAAUUAUGAAAAUUAAUGAGGAGAUUUGAUACUACAUUGCUCUCACAUUCGAAAUAUUGUUACUCGAGAUAUUAUAUCUGGAACUGAGAAAUUUUAUAUCAGUGCAUUGUGAGAAUUUGAUAUUUUUUUCUCUGAAUGCACCUUGCUGUAGGUGUUAGAAUGCAUUUGUAUUUCAAGGAUGUGAUAAGCGGGAAAAUGCACUAUCUCUCACUCAUCCUAAAAAAGAGAGAGAGAGAAACGAACGAGUAUAUAAGUAGCGGUUAUUGGAUUUGCCAGCUUCAUUCGAGCACUAGUCACGUUACACAUAUCCUCGUCAUCAUGGACUCAUCAUUCAUGCGUCAGGACUACAUUCUUCCAGAUACUCCUCCUCAUCAACAACAAAGCACUUCCUUCCCAUCUUACUGGGCAGUGCAAGCUGCACCGAAGAAGAAGCUUCCAUCCGCCAAUAGCAGUGCUGCUCCUGCUGCUGCUGCUGCAUCCGACUGCGAGGACUCACCGCUGAAGAGCCGUGGUGUCUUUGUGGAGAGAGGGAUGAGCAGUGAGGAAUUCAUUGUACCAGACACACCACCAUCUCAUCUGAAGUGGGCACCGAGGCGUGUACCACUCACGACGAUUUCCAACAAGCAACAGGGGAAGAGAAAGCUGCACUUCCUGGAGGAGGAUGAGGAGGAAACCAACUUUGUACACUCAAAGAAACAACGUGCAUAUGAAGGUGAUAACUCCUCUAUGGUUCCACUACUAGAGGAGGAGGCUGCUCGGGAUGAUCAGAAUCAGGAUGACUUUAUUGCAAUCAUUAAUAGACCCACAGCUAAACCGUGGAUGCCUCUCCACGAUCUGGCGGAAGAUGUCCCGCAUAGUAUCAUCUCGGCUCGUGAGGAAACAAACCACCACGGUAGACGAAUAAUAUUGAAAAUGAACAUUUCAUCUACAAAGAAAAUCUCUGAGGUAUAUCUACCUCAGAGAUUUUCAUUCAUAAUUUCCCCCGUAAAAGUUAUUUAAUUUAAUGCUAAUUGUAAAAAUUUAGGAAUAGUGGUGAAGCAUGUCACCGCUACAUGGACUGACAUUAAGAUUGUUAAAAUUUAACAAUCUUAUUCUCAUACCAUGUUGCAGUGAGA